CCUGUCCUUCUCCUGGACCCAAAUUACAGCAAUUAGCUCCCAGGAACUGACCUUCACUUCACAGGACACGUCCACACAGUUAAUCUCCAUUAAAGCAGGUGAAGCCUGAAGGUCUUGUGCUAACACCGACUGCCUGCUCAUCAGUCCCUCGCCAGUUCCCCGCUGAAGAAAACCAGUCCCAAAGCACGCUUGUGCCUCAACAUACUUCACUAAUGUGUUGUUGGCUGCGAACCAAAACUGGAUCGUUCUCUGACGUGGGACCUUGUGGCAAAUCAGCUGCAGUGCAGGUGGCUCGACGGAGACAGGAAAAGAAGUGUGAUGAGCCCCCAGGAUGAUGGGCUGCAGAGCCAGGGAGCAGCGCGCAUGCGCAGUGCAUCCAGGGGCUCGGCGGCAUUCGGAAUCGGUGCUGAAGUGGGGCGGAUGGACGGAAAAGCGGCACCGAUGGACGUUCCGCGGCGAAAUCCCCGUUGACGAUGCCCUCGGAACGGCGUCGGGACACCGUCGUGUGCGCACCCACCACCCCGGGACACUGACAGUCCGAGACAAAGCGAUGCUGUACUUUCAAGUCCUCAAAUGACCCAUUUGCUGAGAUCGGAGCAAGCCUAGAGGGCGAGCCAGCAAGAGACACCAAAGGAGCAGGGACCUCCUCGCCUUGCCCCGAGUCACCCGCCAGCCACACAGGCAGUCCGUUAGCCAAUCAGACGCUCCGCCGACCAGGCCCGCUAUCGUCCGGCAACCAAUUACCUCAUGUCAUGACCACUCUUUCAGACCUGCUUUCAAGAACUCACUAAUUCAUGCCCCGGAGUGUGAGUGGAGUGGAGAUGAGAAAAAGGCAGGCGGCGCACAUCGAGGCCCCACCACAGGUCCCCGGACAGCCCCGACCCAACACCUGCUGCCUCUGCUGGUGCGGCUGCUGCAAGUGUCUCUGGAGUGAAGACAGGAUGGAGAGAAGUGAACGGCAGACCUGCACCAAGAUGGACAGUAUUGAAACUGGAGAAGAACAGCACCCAAGUCUCGACGAAGUCCUGUCGUGGUCUCGGAGCUUCGAGAUGAUGCUGCGCUCGCUGGAGGGCCGGGAGAUCUUCCGAGAGUUCCUGAGGUCGGAGUACAGUGAGGACAACCUACUCUUUUGGUUGGCCUGCGAUGAGCUGAAGAAGGAGACCGAGCCGUCGGUGGUGGACGAGAAGGCCAGGAUCAUAUACGAAGACUACGUGUCCAUACUGUCGCCGAAAGAGGUGAGUCUGGACUCGCGGGUGCGCGAAGGCAUCAACCAGAGCCUGGCCGAGCCCAGCAGCCUGAUGUACGAGGAGGCCCAGCUCCAGAUCUACACACUAAUGCACCGAGACUCCUUCCCCCGCUUCCUCAACUCCACCGUUUACAGAGACCUCCUCGCCAACCGGAGGCGCACCUGCCUCGACACCUAAAGAUCCGCAUCCCACCUUACCUUCAACGCCCUCCAUCGAGACUACUACGUCAACUAUGGUGCCAGAAGUCCGGUUUGGGAAAAAAAAAAACAAAAACAAAAAAACUCUCUAGAUUGCAAAACGACUGACUGAUAUCCGAGAUAGCUGGUUAUUGUUCUUAUUUAUUUUUCUCAAGCAAUUUCUAGCCGGUGACAUGGGUUUGCUGAUUGCUUUUAGGUCAAAUUUGACGAGGCCGCUGUUGCCGGCCGCUGAUUCUUUCCAUGAGUGCAGAUGUCUUGAUGGUCACGUUAGACUGUGGAUUCCUCAGGACCAGGAAGAAAGAGCGAGAACGUGAAAGAGAGAAUGGACAUCCCAAUUAUUCCUGUACUGUAAUAAUUACACAUCACUUUUAAUUUCCACCCCAUUUGGCCUCCCCACAUAUUCUGAGCUAAAGUAAUGGGCUUCCUCGGGAGGAAAAACAAGCAGAGUUCUAAUAACUUUUAUUAGAGGGGGAAGCGUCCGCAGCACCUGUCAUGAUUCCAUCCAUCUAUCCGUCCAUCUGAGCACUUUCCUUCUUUACGUGGGAGAAGUAAGGGCUAGACUUGUGGUUGGGCAGCUACAUGUAACUCAACAAUGCCUUCACACGUGUUUCGCAUAGACAAAAAAAAAAAAAAAGGCAGCACAAUCGGCGCUGCUGGAGGUUUCCCUCCCCUCUCGGAAAGCAACCACAGUUAAUCCCGACAAUCCCUUUCUUUUCACCCCUCCUCCUGCUUCCCAUUCGCAUCCUCAUAGCCUGACAAGCACAGGUUACAAAAAAACAACAUUGUAGUAGUUUUCUUCUACAUUCAAGCACUGACGCAGUUGGGGUAACAAGCCCCCGGCCUUUUUCCGUAAGGCUUUAUUAUAACGUCUGUAGCGAAGUGGGUGCCAAACAUGAUGUCAACGGCGCUAAAGAAGAAAGUCUGCUCGUUUUAGCCUGCAAACUUUUUGUUAGCCACAAUGCUAACAUGCCCUCGUGGGCGCUAGAGCCUGUUGCUCCGUUAGCAUGACUCAGCGCGCCACAUACUCUCUUUGGUCUACUUUUCUUAAAAAUGAAAAAAUCUGACUUUGAACGCAUGAUAAUGUGUCGCUUUAAAGACUUUAGAGGACAAAAUAGAGGUGCGCGGUCUUGCCAAAUGUCGUGGUAACAAUUUAUUUGCGUCCCGCUCGACCUGUGGCUAUACAGUAGAAAGUGCAUGACUGAAGUAUUAUUCUAAUUUUUGUUUGUUGUUGAAUUCAUUCUGAUUAUUAUAUUGACGGAUAGAUGUAUCUAUCAGGUCCUAAAGUGUUAGCGUAAACUGUAUCACUACUUGUUGAUAUACGGGAGGACUCGGCGUUGCCACUUAUGUAUCUAACUACUUGACGUUGACGUGCCAAGUUUUGUUAGCGAUUGUGUCUCUAUCUCGCUACGCUAGAUUUUAGACUGCCAGGAUUCAAAAUUAGGGAUGGUCAUAAAAUUUCCUUGACCCACCACUGGGGCAACUAAAAACUUUUAAAUGUUAGUAAUGAGAUGGGAGAAUGGCUCUUGGAAUGUUCUGAACUCCUUAUUCCAUGGCAAUGUAGUAUUGAGCAGAGUUCCAAGUGCUUGGUAGCUCAACCUCCAGUAGCUGACGUCACGUUGUUGUUGUUCACCUUCUUUAAAACGGCGAACUAGAUGAGAGGGAAUAUAGAGCUCCUCUUUGGAUGAGUUGCUUCGAGUCACGAUAAAUCGAUUCUGCGCCACCCUAACAAUCGGUGAACAGAUUGUUAUCCCCGUCCCAACUCAAAAUACAUUUGUUACUGGAUGAAUUGCAAUGGAACCUCAAAGUGGUACAAUCUAGAGUUCAAUCUCCACCCCCACCCCCAAACAAAAUAUAUGAAAAAUUAUCCCUCAAAAUUAAUGUAUAUGACGAUGUUAUGGAAAUAUAUUCCUUUUUUUUUUACUUUUCAUCCCCAUAUGUUAAAAUUUGAGCUGAUAACACCAAGUGUUCUUUUUUUAAGCUUUUUCUUUUUGACAGACUUAAUUAAUUCCAGCAAUACCUUUAAAACCAGUAGCGCUCUGCAGAUACCUUCCUGCCGUGUCAGCUUUAAAAGAGACUUUUGGUCCUGAUCAGGACCGACCGAGGCAGCGUCCUCCGAGGGGCUUUUGUCCAAUCUCUGGCUAACACUCCGGUCAUGCGAUUGCUCGACGGCGGCGUUGGGAGUGGUUUCGUCGAUGCUUUCGUACGGU